GGCCCUCGCAGGCCCAUGGCGGCGGCCGCGGCGCUCCCGGGCGCGGGCGGGCCUCCCGCGGGCGGCGGGGCCGGGGGCGGCGGGGGCGCGGGCGGCGGGUCCCCGCCGGGCGGCUGGGCCGUGGCGCGCCUCGAGGGCCGCGAGUUCGAGUACCUGAUGAAGAAGCGCUCGGUGACCAUCGGGCGCAACUCGUCGCAGGGCUCGGUGGACGUGAGCAUGGGCCACUCGAGCUUCAUCUCGCGGCGCCACCUCGAGAUCUUCACGCCCCCGGGCGGCGGCGGCCAUGGCGGGGCGGCCCCGGAGCCGUCCGCGCAGCCCGGGCCCGACACCGGCGGCGAUUUCUACCUGCGCUGCCUCGGCAAGAACGGCGUGUUCGUGGACGGCGUGUUCCAGAGGCGCGGGGCGCCGCCGCUGCAGCUGCCGCGCGUGUGCACGUUUAGGUUCCCAAGCACAAACAUCAAGAUCACGUUCACUGCCCUGUCCAGUGAGAAGAGGGAGAAGCAGGAGGCUCCUGAGUCCCCAGUGAAGCCCGUGCAGGCCCACAUCUCGCCCCUGACCAUCAACAUUCCAGACACCAUGGCCCACCUCAUCAGCCCCCUCCCCUCCCCCACAGGAACCAUCAGUGCUGCAAACUCCUGCCCAUCCAGCCCCCGGGGAGCAGGGUCUUCGGGGUACAAAAUGGGCCGUGUGAUACCAGCUGACCUCAAUUUAAUGGCCGACAACUCCCAGCCAGAAAAUGAAAAGGAAGCUUCUGGUGGAGACAGCCCAAAGGAUGACUCAAAGCCACCUUAUUCCUAUGCACAAUUAAUUGUACAAGCAAUUACAAUGGCUCCUGACAAACAACUCACUCUAAAUGGGAUUUAUACUCACAUCACUAAAAAUUACCCAUACUACAGGACUGCGGACAAGGGCUGGCAGAAUUCAAUUCGCCACAAUCUCUCUCUGAAUCGGUAUUUCAUCAAAGUACCACGUUCCCAGGAAGAACCAGGCAAAGGCUCAUUCUGGAGGAUAGACCCUGCCUCUGAAAGCAAAUUAAUAGAGCAGGCUUUUAGGAAAAGACGGCCUAGGGGCGUGCCUUGCUUUAGAACCCCUCUGGGACCGCUCUCGUCUAGAAGUGCCCCAGCUUCUCCCAAUCACGCUGGAGUGCUGUCUGCUCACUCCAGUGGUGCCCAGACCCCCGAGAGCCUGUCGAGGGAAGGUUCCCCGGCCCCCCUGGAGCCGGAGCCCAGCGCGUCACAGCCCAAACUGGCCGUCAUUCAGGAGGCACGGUUUGCUCAGAGUGCCCCAGGCUCUCCCCUGUCUAGUCAGCCUGUUUUAAUCGCUGUGCAGCGGCAGCUGCCGCCGACGAUCAAGCCUGUCACCUACACGGUCGCCGCCCCCGUGACCACCGCGACCUCCCAGCAGCCUGUCGUGCAGACGGUGCACGUCGUCCACCAGAUCCCCGCGGUGUCCGUCACCGGCGUGGCCGGCCUCGCCCCGGCCAGCACGUACACUGUUGCCGGCCAGGCCGUGGUCACGCAGGCGGCCGUGCUGGCCCCUCCUAAGGCAGAGCCGCAAGAGAAUGGAGACCACAAAGAAGUAAAAGUAAAAGUGGAACCUAUUCCUGCGAUUAGCCACGCCACGCUGGGCGCCGCUAGCCGGAUCAUUCAGACGCCACAGACCACCCCCGUCCAGACGGUCACCAUCGUGCAGCAGGCUCCUCUGGGUCAGCACCAGCUACCAAUAAAAACUGUGACGCAGAACGGGACUCAUGUGGUGCCAGUCCCUGCCGCCGUCCACGGCCAGGUGAACAACGCAGGGGCGAGUCCUCUGCACAUGCUGGCAACACACGCAUCGGCGUCCGCCUCCCUGCCCACGAAGCGCCAGAACGGCGACCAGUCGGAGCAGCCGGAGCUGAAGCGGGUCAAGACGGAAGACGGCGAGAGCAUCGUCAUCGCGCUGAAUGUGGACACGCCGCCGACGGCCGGCAGGGAGAAGGGUGUCCAGAACUAGCGACUGGGACAGCUUUUCUUACUUUAAUAUCAACUCUGUGGUGCCAAAAGGAGACACUGCCUCUCACCGACGCUCGGAACGCCGUCUCGGUGGGUAGAGGGCCCUGCGGUUGGACUUCACCUCAGCACUGAAAACACAAAACCCAGGUGGCCUUACGCUCCUUAAAGACAGAAGUCACACCUGAACAAAACCACAUGCAACAGAACCUGGUUCCGGCAGCGUCUCCCCGCCCCGGGCUCAGCUGGUGACUCCGGAUUAGAGGCGCGAGGUCCUGGUUGAGCCCGUGCCUGGGGCAGGCGGAGCUGCCCUCCCAGGACGCUUGGGGCUGGCGCUUGCAGAUGAGACCGUGUUUUGUUGUCUACAUGUGGAAUUAGAGUAUUUUGAGGUGUACUUUCUUUACGAAAUAAUGGGGUCUUUGACAUUUCAGAUCACUCCAUUUCUACUCUGGAAAUUUUGGAAUCACACAGGACUUUUUGUGUUGAUUUCAUUUGGGGAAAAGAAACAAUGUAGUUUUGUUUUUGUUGUUUGUUUUCAGCCUAUGGAAUGAUUUCCUUUUGUCUAUCCUGUUAAUGUUCAGAUGGAGCUGCUUGAUGACAUCUGCAGGUUUUCCGUGUUAGAGCGGGUGCCGGAUGCAUUUAGGAUGGACAGACAGACUGACCGGACAGACGGAUGCCCGUGCUGGGCUGCAUGUAGCCAUGACCGAAAACUGCCGGACUCUCCGAGCUGCACUUAACUGGUUCUCUUCCCUGCUACUUUCUGUUGUCUGUUUCUUUGUGUUGACUUUGUCCCGCAUAAUUUUCCACUCUAAGUAAAACAAGCCUCCUAA